AUGAAGUCUGCGGCAAUUCUCUCCCUCAUUCCCGCCGCUGCGGCAUUCUGCCAUCAUGGCACCAGCCUUUUCAAGAAGGAUCAGCUCUUCAAGAGGGCUGACGGCACUUUUGGCUUCGAUGGCCUGAACGGUCCCUUGAACUGGCUGUCCCUCAGCGCCAGCAACGAAGCCUGCGCCCUGGGCAAGAACCAGUCUCCCAUCAACGUUCAGGAGUCCAACACCAAACAGGUACAGGGUUCAACCAUUACUUUCAGCCCGGAGCAGCACCCCGAGGGCGCCCAGCUGGAGAAUCUCAAUGGGUUCCUCGAGGUUCGAGCCAACGGUACCAUGCAGAAUGGUGGCAAGACUUACAGCUUGCGUCAAUUCCACUUCCACACUCCCAGUGAGCAUCGCAUCAACGGAGAACACUUCCCACUGGAGGUCCACUUUGUCUGGGAGGCUCAAGUCGGCAACGGCUCCUCUCUCGCCGUCGUCGGAUUCCCCAUCGAGGUCGCCGAGACAUCCAACCCUCUUCUGGCCUCUGUUUUUGCGAACAUUGAACAGGUCACCGCAGUCGGAUCGCACGCUGCAACUGGUCCUUUGGACUUCACCAGUCUUUCCGAGCACCUGUCGAAGAACACUAUCUACCAGUACUCUGGCUCUCUCACCACACCUCCCUGCACCGAGGCUAUUGCGUGGAACGUUGUUGGAAUCCCCAUCCCCAUCGACAUCGCAACAUACCUGAAGACCAAGAGCAUCAUGAAGUACAACGCCCGCUACACCCAAAACAAUCCUGGCGAGAUGAACCUGUUGGAGAACGCCUACGAAGGCAUCAAGAAGUUCAAGGAAACCAGCCAAGGUACGAACUAG